AUGACGACCCAUUACCUACGCCUCCUACUCUGUGCCAGCGCCAUCGCCGUGUCGCCGAGCUUGGGCUGGAGCUUCAAAACUCCAGACGAGCUCGAGGCGACGACAAUUGGUGACGUUGGUACAUUAAUUGCUUUUGUGAUGCUUGAACCCGAAUGGGCCAAGAUCGAGAAGCUUCACCCCAGCACCGCCGCCAUCGACUGCACCGCCCACGCAAAAUACUGCCUCGAGCAGGACGUCCUCACACAUCCCGCCAUACGGGUCCGGCUCCCCGGCGAUAAGAUAGUACGAUACCGAGGACCUAGAAAAGCCGAUCCAAUCCUUUCUUUCAGCAGCCGUAUCAGCAAGUCCAUCGUCCCCGUGACGGGCACGAACGAAGCCGAGGUCCUAGCCUCCGACGACGUCGUCAUCCUAGCCUCCCUGCCCGCACUCGACGAAAACGACGCCGGCUCCGAGCUCCUCCACAAGCGCUUCGAGGCAAUCGCGCGCCGCUACGGUGACCGCUACACAUUCGGCCUCCGCACCGUGCCCGAAACCACCCGCCCCAGCAUCAAGUGCCAAAACAACGUCGACGGGCUCGCCCACCAACUCCCCAGCCUCGACAACGUCGCCGAGGUGGCGUCCUUUGUCAAGGCGUGCGGUGAGCCCCUCGUCGGCGAGCUGAACCGGAGGACCGAGCUCAGCCUCCUCAAGGCGAGCAAGUCGCUCGUCCACUACUUUACCUCGUCCGAAGAGGACAGGGAGCUCUACGUGGCCGGCAUCCGGACCCUCGCGAGCCGCUACCGCGAGUACCUCAACUUCGUCACCGUCGAUACCAACGAGUACCCCGACAUGGUCGCCACCGUGGGACACCGCCGAGGCGCGUCUGGUGUGCUCGCCGUGCAGAACCCCCACUCGUGGCAGGCUUUUCCCUUGCCCGAGGGAACCAAGAUCACGGCUGAUGUGGUGGAGCAGUUUUUGAAUGACAUCAUUCAAGAGAAGGUCACUCCUUGGGAUGGGAGGCCGAAUGUGGGUGGGCCGGCGGGAGGGCAAGAUUCAGGCCAUGAUGAGCUGUAG